AAGCAAUAUAUUGCAACCGCUAGAAAGUCCCACUUAUAGACUUCAGCUGAGAAAAAUGAAAUCCUCAAAACAAAGGGCUCCAUAGAACUACUCAUUCCUCACAUUUCAUUUCAUAUCAAUCACAGCUUACAAAGUCUCGGGGGCAUUCGGGGACGUUCGGCGAAGUUCGGUACAUUAUCUCGCAGCGGCUGUACUCCAGUGUGUCUACGCCGCUACGAGGGCCGCACGUCACGACGUAGCGACUGUUGGGUACGAGCUCGAGCUACGUAGUCAUAGGACGGAUGAAGAUAUAUAUUUUUACGUUCACACCCGUGCUAGUGUAUACGUGAGAUGACAGUGUUGUAAACAGUUUUAAGGAUUAUACAAGUGUUUCUUGAGAUUUUCACCAGAAUUUUAUGUGAGAGGCAGGGAAGGUAUGUGGGGCGGCGGUGCGCAGUGCGUGCACGCAACGCUGCCGCGUGCCGCGCGCCAGCCCGCGCCCACGCUCAGCGGCGCCAUCGCCAGCCGCCGCCCGCCCAGACCAAUACCUCCUUCACCAACGCUGGUGGCGCAGGUCGACUCGUCCGUGGCGUGCCUGUGGCUCCUGACCCCCCUCUCCGCCGGCACCGCGGUGGUCGCCGUGCUGGUCGCCGUGUCCACCAACAACUGGCUUCACACGGAGGAGAACAUGCUCAACCCUUCGUACAACGGCACCGGGAGGCAUAGCCUUGUGGCCAAACACACCGUUUCGGGACUGUGGAGGCUUUGUCAUACUGACCCCGGGAGUACGGUGUUCAGGUGUGUCGACAUUCCGUAUUUCCCGCUGUCCCAGCACGCCCCCGACCCUAUCGACUCGACAAAUGCUAUACCAUACGUAGUGACGCGCUCGGCCGCCCCAUUGCUGCUCGCAGUUCUGACACAGGCGUUCGGGGCCCUGUGUUGCGUGCUGGGCCACUGCGUAAAGGGCCGGCGGCUGUGCACCUUCAUCGCUGGAGUUCUCUUUAUCAUAUCUGGACUGAUAAUGCUCACCGGAAUAGUGAUGUAUAUAUCGGUUUUCAAGUCCCAAGUGAACCACAAGCUGUACUACACGGUGUUCGCGACGCCGCGGAUGUCCUACAGCUACGGCUACUCGUUCGGGCUGUACAUCAGCGGCUUCAUCGCCGUGGAACUGGCCGGCACCUCGGCCAUAUUCCUGUUCCUGCAAUGGUACCAAAAAGACUGGAUCACGGAGCUCACGGAAAAAGCUAAAGCGGACGGCAGGGCGUGGGAUCGCGAGUUCGCGUUCUCGGAUUUCAGGGAGCGCGACUCCACACUACUGGAGAGACGGAUGAUGAAACGGGACACGUACCCGCCUAGCGGGUCCUCGGCCGCCACGCCGCGCGAGCGGCGCCGCUUCGUCUUCGACGGCGACGACAUGCCGCACUGCUCCAUACAUAAGAAUAGAAGAAUAAAUUUAAGCUCGGCGUCGCUGAAAGACCUGUCCACCUCGACCCUGUACGGGUUCCCGGCGGCGCCGCGGCCGACGGCCUGCGACAACUACUUCGAGGAGUUGAAGGAGGUGCCGCAGAGCGCGAACACGCUGAGCGGGCUGCGGAGCGCCUCGAUAUUCCAGUCGCAGGCGUCGGUGGCGAGCGGGCGCUUCCUGGACACGUCGGCCGUGGAGCCGCCGCCGUCGCGCGAGGAGGAGCUGGUGACGUUCGGCGCGGGCGGCCGCGAGGAGCCGGGCCGGCGCGACCGCGGCGUGGGCACGGACGCCUGCCGCCGCACCACGCCCGUCUGAUGCCCGCCCGUGUGUCUGUCGUGUCAUGUCCAAGCCCCACCUCCAAGCAUAUCUUCCAGUGAUAAGUGACGUUUCGCGUACCGUUCGAUCGGCGUAUGUCGCGCGUGUCGAGCGCGAGAUAGUAUUUAAGAGAGGUGAUUUUCGAAUUUAUGAGCGUACGUGAAUUAGCAUUAUGUUAUUAUUUAAUUUUUAAUUGUUACAUUUCCUGAAAUAAACACUGCCAGUUGUGUA